GUCCGUCUUCUACAUACGAUGCUAUGAAGGUCUACAUCUACAGCUCCUUUUCUUGACCACAUACACCAUGGCCCUCCCGCCGCUCCUGCGCCGCCUCCCUAUGCUCGCCCGCUCCACCCGCAGCUUCGCCACUUCCGCCCUCCUUCUCUCCAAGCCCCUCCCUCCGCGCCGGGUAAUCCUCGACUCUGAAAUCAUAGAAAAGUUUCUCCACGGCUCUGGGCCAGGCGGGCAGAAAAUCAACAAGACCUCUUCGGCCGUGCAGCUCAAGCAUCUGCCCACGGGCAUCGUGGUCAAGUACCAGGACACGCGGUCGCGCAGCCUGAACCGCAAGCGGGCGCGGCAGAUCCUAGGGGAGAAAAUUGAGGAGCUAGAGCUUGGGGAGAACGCGAGGACGAGGGUGAAGGCGAGGGAGAAGAGUAAGAAGAAGGGUAGCGCGGAUAAGAAGAAAAGGAGAAAGUAUAGGGCGUUGGCGGAGGGGAAGGAGGGCGUAGAAGCGGAAGAGGAUGUGGAGGAUGGUGUUGGGGAGGGGAGUGAACCGGCGGCGGUAGAGGUUGAAACGGGACAAUCUAAAGUCCAGGACUGGAAGAGCGAAGGCUGAGGUUUGAGGCAACACAAUAUGAAGUACAAUAGCGGCCGAUGGAAGGCAUGCGAGCGCGACUGAGUCGCCCAUUGAGCAGCGGCAGGUUCAACACGGACGACAUAGGCAGAGUGGUAGCCUUCGGACAGGCGACCCAGAGGCCAGUGUUCGUUCCAGGAGCACCGCGAUCUGGAGACAACGCAUAGAUGAA